AGAGGGUAAAGUAAAGAAGCUCAAAACUCUAUUCACUACUGUUGACUGUUGAGUUGAGAAUGGAGGAGGAACAAAUCUCUGGUUCUAUCAACAGCUUCUCUGACCGAUCCAACUAUAAUUCCAGCCACGAUACAAACCCCAAUAAUUAUUAUUAUGAUGAAGAAGAAGAAUCAUCAUCGAGCCAUAAUCAUCGAUCCAAACGAAGCAAAAACGCACCAAUCUUAGAAGAAGAAGAUCGAAUCAGCGCUUUACCUGACUCGAUCCUUCUCAGCAUCCUCUGCUUCUUGCCCAUUAACGACGCUAUCAAAACGGGCGUUUUAUCCAAAAGAUGGGCCUCUCUUUGGACCUCCCUUCCCUCUCUCAGUUUCGAUUCUGGUUCCUUCGAAUACUUGGACGAUUUCACCAGUGCCGUUGAUAAUACCCUGCUCCUACACAGGGCUCACAAACUCAAAAACUUCGAUAUUCAAUUCGAGUGCGAUUACGACACAGUACUAAAUCCUCGCCUCGAUCUUUGGGUUCGGUUCGCUACAAAUGCCAGAGUAGAAAAACUUGUUUUACUCUUGUGGAGUCCUGAUUGUCUCGAUCUUGACAGAUACCAAUUGCCUCAGCAUCUCUACGCCAACGAUUUUGUUUCUGAAUUCAAUUUUAGUUGCUGCAAAAUUUUACCUAAUGGGUUACCACAUUGGAGUUCACUCAAGCGCUUGUGUAUUGGGCACUCGGCCUUGAGUGAGGAUGUGAUAAGGAAAGUGUUAAUGGGUAGUCCUAGACUUGAAUCCUUGGAAUUGCAUCAGUUUUGGGGGUUUUAUCGGUUGGAUAUAGUGUCCGAGAGUUUGAGAAAAUUGGUGAUAGAUAGCUAUGUGCAACAUUUGUUUGAAAGUGAGGAGCGUAAGUUGGAACUGGAAAUUGUGGCUCCAAAGAUUGAGCGUUUAGAGAUUUUGGGGUGUUUUUAUAUGAAUAGGUGUCGGAUAAAGGAUGUGUCGGCAUUGGUUGAGGCUAAGCUCGAUUUCGACAUGCGGAUGGAGGAGGAGGGUGCUUUGGAGGAGUUCCAAGACAUUGUGAGAGACAUUCUUGAGAGUGUGCAUCAUGUCAAGAAGCUCACUGUUGGCAGUUCUUGUCUCAUGGCUCUAUCUAUAAUGACGGUGAAACAUCUGCCUUCUCCAUCGUCAAAGUGCAAAUGUUUAACGAUAGCAAGCAUGGGGGAAUGGGAUUUUCCCAAAAUUUUAAGCCUACUUCAAAGUUCACCUUAUGUGGAGACAUUGGUUUUAGACAUCACAUCCUGGGGCUACAUGUGGCCAGCGCUAUUGGCUCUGGACUAAGGUUACCUUCGGAGUUCACUGAUGGAAGGGUGGAACAUGGUGUCACCUGCUGGCCAAGCUUAGCCUUAAGGCAUGAAACAUGAAAUAUUGGAUGAAUUUGAGAACCAGGAGGUAAGUCUAGCUUGUUGGCAACUGCCCCUAUCUUCUGCAGCACCUGGAAUGGACCAUAAAUCCUUGGAGACAACUUACUAAAGGCCUUAUGAGAAAUGGAUUUCUGCUUAUAGGGCUGUAACCUCAAGUACACCCAAUCCCCCACAGAGAAUGAUCUUUCUGAUAUGUGCUUAUCAGCAUGCAACUUCAUUCUUUCCUGAGCACUGAUAAGAUUGGACCUGAGUAAAGAAAAUAGCUCCUGCCUGGAUUUCAAUUGAGCAUCUACUGCCUCAACUAACAACUUUAGUUGUGCCAGGCAUAUAAUCAAGCAAUCUUAGAGGUGGGUAGCCAUAUAGGACUUCAAAGGGAGUGAGAUUAGUAGAAGUAUGGAAGUUGGUAUUAAACCAAUACUCUGCUAAUGGAAGCCACUCCACCCAGCUGUGAGGCUUGUCAGCAGCAAAAACCAUGAGAUAUUGCUCCAAGCUCUUAUUCCCCACUUUAGUUUGGCCAUCUGUCUGAGGGUGAGAAGCAGAAGAAAUGGCUAAUUUCACUCCUUGCAGCUUCAUGAAUGCAGUCCAAAAAUGU